GUCACAGUCAAUGUUCAGGCAUGUGUGUCAAAUGGUUCGAUGAAAUUUAAAGCAGGAACCUUUACAUAUGGAGCCAUGGCUUUUCCUUGUGGUUGACAGGUGAAUUCUCACUUCUAGGCAUACGAGGAUAUUUAAGCGCUGAAAAUGACACGACCCCCGCCUUUCAUAAAACAGAGCGACGAUGACUCCGACGGCGAUGGUGCGUGUGACGAAUGCCUUGGCGAGAACUGCGGACUGUGCGUGGAUAUAGAGGAGGAUAGACUCAAAACAGAAUGCACAAAAUGUUGUGUAGGAUACGUCGUGGUUUGUUCAUUCAAUGUCCUUUUCAUACAUUCGCUGGUCGCUGGUUUAUGUAUUGGACUAAUAGCCGGUGCAAUGGCCCGGGACCCUGCCCGACUGUCCGUGGUCGAAACGAUCAUUGGUCGAGCCCACGGCCGCAUCGCUCAGGACAUCCUUCUUGCCGCGGGGAUAGUUGGUGUCAUCUUCCUUAUCGUCUACGUUCCCAUCCGGUGUUUCGGACUUAAGUCGGCCAAAUGUCAGGUCGCUUUGGAUCUCUCCUUUUUGUUGCUGCUCAUCUGUUUGACUGCGGCUGCUGGAUUUUUGGGAAUUGCUGCAAGUGAUGAUUCUGACAAUCUUCGCGAAAAACUCAAGGAUUACGUAAUGAUUGACUACACGGGUGAUACGUCGGACUAUAGUGAUGCGCUCUGGGAUAGGACUCAAAUUGGGUAUCGAUGUUGUGGAGCCUCUAGUGCCAAAGACUACAUUAAUAGCACCUGGUGGUACCUAAACUCAACGCGCAAUGUUCCGCUGAGUUGCUGUCGCCGUUCCAGUGAUGGUACCGUAUUGAGCGAGGCACUUUGUCAGAGCACCGCCCAUGGGGUACAGAUAGGUGCCAUCACAGACACUACGACGCCAACGUUCCUAUACACCAAGAGUUGUUCUGAGGAACUGGGGCAAGCAUUUCAGGUAUACAUUGCUCAAAUCAUUGGUCUGUCCUAUUGCAUGAUAUUCCUCGAGGCUUGUGGUAUCUGCUUCGCUGUCUACAUCUUCUUUCUAAGGAAAAGGCGCACAGUGAACCCCGCAGAUCGUUACAAAGUUACUGAAGACGUGGAGGAUAAUCGUCUCUUCAAGCGGCGUGAGAAUGGUAAGCUUCCGUACAUGCCGGAUAGAUCUGUGAAGACCGUGUCGAGCCAGAUAGCUAAUGGUAGGCCUGCGGCUGGGCAUGAAGGCCCUGCCUCAAGCGGCACCAGUGAGCCUGCUCCUGGGACGAGUACUGGUGGAGAGACGCCAUCUAAAAGUUCUCCCGCGGGGCCUCCACGUACUACCGAAGCCGAGAAGAAAAUCAUUGAAAUGUUUGCGGCGCAGCGGCCUGGGUAUAUGGAUAAACCAAAGGCUGCUAAGCCAACCACAUCACAAACAACCAGAAGUGAUCAAGAGAUAAUUGACAUGUUCAAGGUUCGUAACCCAGACGAAAACACUGCAGGUCAAGGUCAAAGUGUGUUUGAUCCAAGGUCAAGGUCGGAUGAUACGGAUAGAAACAUUUUCGAUGAGAAAAUGAAUAUCUUCACAGCUAGUGAGGAGAAAACGAAGUUGCCGAAUAGAAUUGGGAGUAACGGGUCGUUGUCGAGAGAAAAUCACGACAUCUCAACCGAGGAUGGUGACCCGAUUACUCAAGGUCAAACUGAGGUCAAGGCCGCAUACGGAACAAUUGAUAUUGAAGGUACCAAAGAGCAAGAGACAGUUACAUGAUGAACCCUAAUAUCAACGUCAUUCCGUAUGGCUGUAUACAACAUGGCAUUUCGACCGAAGGUCCUCGUAAAUUAAAAUUCUCUUGAUCAUGGCAAAUGUUGUCACGUAGCCUUACCAAAAAUAGGGUGUUAUGGUCAAUCGAUAGGCAUGAAUGACAAAAAUAUGAUACAUCAUGCACAUCUAAUGCAGUUAAUUCGGUAUGAUUUACAGAUAGUUACGUGCAAGAAGUGCAAUUAAACACGUGUACUUCACAUCAUGGUCAGUAAUGACGCAAAAAAUGGUAGAUUUUAGAGCAUCUCAUACAUUGUACGUAUACAUGUAGAAUUAGAUGGCGUCUUGUCGCUUCGAUCAAACCGUUACACGUAAGCUUACAUUAUUUACAGACCAAUCUUCUUGCAGAAGGACUAGACAAGAAAUCAAGACUUUUACCAGUAUUCCCUAACUGCCCCUGUGUCAUCUGAAGAAUCUUUGCUCUUCCCUAUAGUCCUUUUCAACAAGGACAAUUCGCGGGCUUGUCGCCGUGUCUGUAUUGUAUCAUACCAUUCAUUGAUGAUGAUUAUUUGGCGGCCAUGUCUGUCACCACCUUCGAGGCAGAUUGGUAGUCGCGUGAAAAAAACAACUAAAUAACAAGCAACGACUUUA